GAUGGAAGCGUCGGCAGAUCUUUUUUCUUUUACGAUACAUCGAGCUCCCGUCCGUCUGUGUGAAGGCUCUGUCGCCUGGAUGGGAAAGGCUCCAUGUUCAGUGCAGUUGUGCUGGUGGUUGGCUGCCUGCUGCAGGGGACUCUAGCGACCACAGAGGGGCAUCGUGGGACCAACCGCUAUGUCUUCUACGCAGUGGAGAUGGACGGAGGCAUCAAAGCUGCCAGAGCUCUGGCCGAGCAGCACGGACUGGAGUUCAUACAACGGGUUGGCAGUCUGAAGUGUCUGUUCACCCUGAGAGACAGCAGGGGGCGCCCUGACAGAGCCUCCUUUGAGAACAGACUGGCAACCACAGCAGGGGUUCACUGGGUCCAGAGGCAGCACAGUCACUAUAGAGACAAACGGGCUCCUGUGACACGACUGGACCACACUUCCACUCACAGUUCCCAGAGGAGAGAGUCUGCAACUGACAGGCAGCCUGAGGAGAAUAAGAGUGACCAGUCCCUCACCUUCAAUGACCCGCUCUGGCCCAUGCAGUGGGAACUGUUUGCACAGGACCAGUUCAACUCCGAUGGGUUUGACCUGAAUGUGAUGCCAGUUUGGAGAAACAACAUCACCGGUAAUGGAGUGGUGGUCACCAUCAUCGAUGACGGUAUAGAUCACACAAACAAGGACCUGAAGAAAAACUUUGAGGCCCUCGCCAGUUUUGACCUGUGUGCUUCACAUGGUCUGUCUCAUGAUCCCAUGCCUGUCAGAGAUGAGGACAACAGUCACGGUACCCGGUGUGCAGGAGAAGUUGCCAUGGAGGCCAACAACUCCUACUGCGGUGUGGGCAUCGCCUUCAAUGCCAGGAUCGGAGGUAUCCGCUUGUUGUACGGCUCUGUCACUGAUGCCAUGGAAGCCACAGCUCUGACCUUCAACAUCCGCUUCAUCGACAUCUACGUCUGCAGUUGGGGCCCACGGGACGAUGGGGCCGAGAUGGACGGGCCGCACAGCCUGACAGAGCAAGCCCUCCGGCUAGGAACUCACGAGGGCCGAGGUGGGAAGGGCAGCAUCUUUGUGUGGGCGGCAGGUAAUGGUGGAAUGCAGCAUGAUCACUGCGGCGCAGACGGUUAUGUUAACUCCAUCUACAACAUUGCCAUCGGCGCUGUCACUCAUACAGGGAAGCCCGCCUUCUUCGGCGAGCCCUGCCCUGGGGUGAUGGCUGUCACUCUGACAGGGGCCAGCGUGGGAGGCUCACUACCUCUGGUCACUGUAACCAACAUAGGCGAGGGCUGUGUCACACACUUUCCAGGAACGUCCAGUGCUGCUCCGAUCGCUGCAGGGAUUCUGGCUCUUGUCUUAGAGGUUAAUCAUGAGCUGACGUGGAGGGAUGUUAAGCAUCUGAUUGCCAAGACAGCGAAGAUCCCCAACCCCAAAGAGUCUGGGUGGAACAUCAACGCAGCAGGAUUCCAUGUUCACCAUAGGUUUGGCUUUGGAGUGUUGGAUGCAGGGCUGAUGGUGCAGCAGGCCACACAUUUCAGGAGUGUCGGUCCAUCGAGGAAGUGCACACAAGAAGUCACAAUCUAUCCUACCAGGAUCCUUUCUCCAAGAGGCGUGGUCAGCAUGAACAUCCAAUCAAAGGCCUGCCGUGGGAAACCUAACGAGAUCAACAGCCUGGAGGAGGUUCAGGUGAGGGUGAGCAUCAGAGCUGUGUGUCGAGGUGACCUCUCCAUAAGCUUAGAGUCUCCGGGCGGCACCGUAUCACUGCUGUUGGAUACGCGGCCCCACGACGCCUCCACUGCUGGCCUGAAAAACUGGACCCUGAUGACAGUGCACAGCUGGGGGGAGCACCCACGAGGCCUCUGGACCCUCCAGGUGACUGACAACAAAGGCUCAGUUAGGAGCUGCUCAAGACCAAAUGAAGAGGAGGCAGCCGGAGCCGUGCUCAGUGUUACACUCAUCCUCUACGGCACCAAACACCCACACAGGACCAAGCACAAGGGUCCCCUGCAGAGCAUUGUGUCCAUGGGGUCGCGUCACCCUAUCCCUCACAUUGAGCCAAGGGACCGUUACCCCCCUCUGGACCUGAUUGAAUGGGUCUACCGAAUGGAGAGAGACAGGAAGGUGCGGGCUGCUGAUAUCACCACCUCAGCCAGACACAAGAAGUUGAAGACUCCGAAAGUCAGAGCGUUGGAUAAUCACACCAUCAACAAGCCCUUGAAGUUGGCUUUUAAGUUACAUCAGGCAGAUGGACAGAGGUCCUCCGCAGGAUCAAGACCUGCUGCUGUGAAGGAGCUUCACAAAUCAAAUAUCGUCAGUGACAAUGUGGACGAGCAGAUGUGGUCCUUACCAUGGAAGAGUCUCCAGUAUUUCGUCAGGGAUGUGAGGAACGUGCAACAGUUAGACUCUUCAGAUCCAGGAGAACCACCGAACAGAGAGGCAGGGCAGCAGGUACAGAACCGAAGAAGAAAAAAGACAGAUGGUUAAAUAAAGACUGUUAUUUUCCACAGUGCAGCAAACCAACUGAUCAUGAUUCAAUUCCAUGUACAGUACUUUGACUGUGUGGCCUCGGUGUCAGCAGAGAUUAUUUAUUGUGGAUUCCUAACUUGGCUUUAAAACUCAAUCAUUCUCCCACCUACAGAAACACAUACAAACAGAAAUCAUUCCCAGAAACAAAUAGUUUCAGGAACGGGUCUCAGCACUCUCCUCCCCUGCUCACUUUCCUCCAGAAGUUGCAAAGGUUACUGAAAGAUAUGUUUGUCUUUUUCCACUUCAUUGAAGGGUGAAUUCAGCUCAGCGCAAUAAGAAAUGGAUUACCCAUUCAUUAAAGGGGCUGUGUCACUCCUCAUUGAGUUGGACAAAUAGCAAAUUAAUUUCUAGCCGCCUAAUUUCUCUCUGUUCUCCACUGAAUUUCCGAUAACAUCAAAUUACCGAUCACAGCCAUGUGAACUCCCUCAACUUUUUAGCAAUUCAUUAAAAAUGUGCCACAAAGGAGAUGCUACGGAGGAAA